AAAAAAUGGAAUUUAUGGAAUAAAGCUGAAGCUUGUUUGUUUUUUAGUCCCGUUUCGUGCCAUAAAAUUCAAUCACUGAAAACAUUAAAAGUGCAAUCUUAUUAGACCCCCAAUUCCUGUAAGAAGAUAAUGGAUUCGAAAAUUUGUCGAGUUUGUCUCAGCAGACCGGGCGAUACAUCGCUGUUCGAAAAACACGAUGGUUUACCGUACAGCGACAAAAUAAUGCGGUUCGUAAAGAUUACUAUCAGGGAAAACGACGGAUUGCCAAGCUCGAUUUGCCUCAGCUGCAUUGCCGAGCUCUCUGUGUCAUACGAAUUCGUGCAAAAGUGUGAAGCUUCAGACCUGGCUUUAAAAACCUUAAAACUGGACAGUCAAAGAGAAUCAGCGUUAAACAUAAAGAACGAAGACAUAAAAGACGAUCCAGAUGAACCUUACCUUAACUUUAGCUUCCUAGAUGAUGACUACGAUGUUAACUGGGAGGAGCCAGUCAAGAAAAUAAAAGAUAAGAAAGGUAAAUAUGUUAAGAAAAGGAAGAAAGGAAAAAUGGAGCCUAUACAGUGUGUCACCUGCGGGCAGAUGACCACCAGCCCCUCAGCCAUGGAGAUCCACAUGAGAACACAUACUGGUGAUAAACCAUAUUCCUGCAUUACUUCCUCGUGUGAUGCCAAAUUUGCUACUAAAGGAGCUUUGAAACGACAUUGCGAGACUUUUCACAGUGAACGAGAGAGAAAAUACACUUGCGAGCAUUGCGGCAGCAGCUUUUUUAGAAAAAACGAGAUCAUAACGCACAUAAGAGUCCACACAGAUGAACGUCCAUAUGCCUGCCCAUUUUGCUCCAGAAAGUUCCGGCAAAUAGCUUCACUCAUCCGUCAUAAGAGAAUUCACACUGGAGAGAAACCGUUUGCUUGUUCCAUAUGUAAUAAGAAGUUUGCCGAUAGAACUGUGGCCCGGAAGCACCUGCUAGUUCACAGCGAUGAGAAACACUACACCUGCCAUCUCUGUCACAAGUCCAUGAAAAGCAACAGUGCUCUAAAAGUGCACAUGAACCUUCAUGUGAAUAAGAAGCAAAAUGUUUGCAACUACUGCGGUAUGACAUUCUCAAUGAAAGGAAACCUCAAAACCCACAUAAGACGCAAGCAUUCAGAAAAGUCUGGACAGUGUAAUAUUUGCUCAAAGACAUUUUCAGACUUAGAAGUCCACAUGCGCAAGCAUACUGGUGAAAAGCCGUUCAUAUGUCAUGUAUGUCAGCAAAAGUUUGCGACAAAGCGUAGUCUGACACAUCACCUAGCGUUUAGACAUGAGAAUGCGGCAAAAUUCAAGUGUUCCAUUGGGGAGUGUACAAGAACUUUCCCUACUGCGCCAAUGUUAGAGUUCCAUUUGCUAAAGCAGCAUACAAACCACACUCCGUAUGUGUGCCAGCAUUGUUCCCGAGGGUUCUUCCGGAUGAGUGACCUGUCCCGCCACCUUCGGGUCAGUCACAUGGAACUGCAGCUCAAAGAAGACAAAACCAUACUCACCCUUAAUGGUCCUUAGUUUAUCCUCGUAAGGCCCACCAUACAAAGUUUUCCUAUUUUUAAUUUGAACUAUAUUUGUUGUAUAGUAGAUUAGGGUGACUCCUUUGUUUUAGAAAACAAUGUAACAAAAAAAUGCUACUACUUAAUUCAGUUAGUGUAAGGUUCAAAUUAGAUUGAAACAGAGUGUACAUUGUAAUGCACAUUGGGCCUUUCGAGGUUAUAAUAAGUUACUUUAUGCUAAUCUAUGCGCCGACUGAUAUGUUAAGAAUUCUAGUCAUAGAAUUACUAAAAACUUAAUUAGUACUAAUUAUGCAUUAAAUAGUUUAGAACUGUAAUUUAAUUACUGAAUUUAUGAAAACUUUAUUACCAUUUACAAUUGAGUUUGUAGACUUUUUUUUCAUUUGUAGAAGUAGUUAUAAAUUAUUGUGACAA